GGCUCGCGUAGGACGACGUUUUGGGGACUCGGAGCGGAUAAACUCGACAGGUUUUUACGUUAAAAAUCACCCGGGGUCAGGUUUUAAGUGAGUCAGAGGACGUCUAGAAUAGUCUCUCGGAGUUUCUGACCAAAAGUCAACCGCCAUGUGGCCGAACUGACCGCAGUUUUGACAUUUGAAGGGACUUCCGCCUUAGCGAAGUUGAGCGUACUGCUGUUCCAAAAUGGCGGAGUCUGCCAACAUCAAACUGGUUGAUCGAGUCAAGAGAAAACUUCGCUUCACCAACCGGCGGAAAGACCACAACAUACGACAGCUCGACACCGAGACAGCCAAGACCUACGUCGCACGGUACAGAAGCACGACUUCCAACACCUACAUAGAAGAAACACCCGUACAAAAUGGGGAGGACUCAACAACUAACCUCACCUCGCCAGGAAAAAGCGAAAGUGUUUUGAGGGCCCCUCCCAUCAAGGAGACAGAGAAAGGAUUGGCUACCUUAAAGAUUGGUGAGUCAAAUGACGAUUCUUCGACCAAUACGAGGUCUACCCCAUCUACAUGUACCCAUAUGAAUGGUAAUGUUAAACAAAAAGACAUUGUUGAUUCUCCCAGUGAAAAGGCCAAUGAGAUUGCGAUAAUUGGUCUAGGUCAGACCAAAACUGUUCCAUAUGAACAUCCUAGGCUUAGCAGGGCAGUCAUUCCCAGUGAGUCGCCGUGCACUGACGUUGAAUCGUACUUGGUUGAUAGCCAAGAUCACGGGAAUCGCGUCAGCAACGGCAUGUUGGCGGGUGCUAAGAUAAGGCCGGAUGGGAUGAACACAGCGCAGGAAGUGCUGAUAUCAGAGGCCAGGGAUGGAGCACAGCAAGCUUCUUGUCUACCCUGUCAGGAACACACGCCUGGAACAAACAACAGAAACGUCAUGCCUAAUGGUGACAUGACAGGAGUAGGUCUGCCAGGAAAGACUGAAACAAUGUCAGAGCAAAGUGCCCGGGAACGUCGCGUAUCUGAUACAACGUGUAACCAAGAUGGACAGAAACUUCAAGAAGUACGUGGCAGAAAAACAAGCGUAACUGACGUCAUGCCACCUAAGGUAGAUGAUAGAAAUGCAAAUGCUGCAUUCCGUUGUAGGACAGAACCUUUGAAAAACGUCAGCAAAGCUGGCGCAGCAGAGAGUGUAUUUACUGCCGGGAACAGGAAAGAUAGCCUGUCGGAUAUGGAGUCCAUAUCCAGCGAAGCUGACACAAGCAGCGCAAAGGAAGCCGAAAUCCAACAAGAGAGUGAAACUGUGAGGGAGGAACAGGUACAGGUGAAACAGCCGGUGUCACCGUGUAUGCCCGUACAAGUUGACGAGGGCUACAGAUCUGACUGUUCGCCAACCAUGACAGCAAAACAGUGUUGUGAGAGUAAAGACGUUGAAAACAACCCUCCUGCAAAUGUUGCAUGUGUGUGCGGGUCUACUGGGAAUCAGCACCAAGGACAGGUACAAUCUAAUGGACGUAAAUGUCCCAAUCCUCCAUCAGGAGAAUUCCCCAAUGCUGCUACGACAGAAAAUUCCGCUUCAAAACAAGCAGGUUCUAAAACAUUUCAUUCCGCAGACUCCAACUGUCAGCCUUCUGAAGCAAGGUUGAACUCCCAGGAGAACACAUCACCAGAACAUCCCAAGUGUGAAGCGGUGCCCCCUUGUGCCACUAAUGGAACUGCAUCACCGGGCGCUGACUCCGCAAACGGACCAAAAAUUGAUCUUGGUGCCAGACCGAAAGAAAGAAAGCAAGGCGACAGUGACAAGACGAAAUCUCCGUCUUUGAAACGUAGGGGUAUUUCUGAUGCACAUGUCUGUAUAUCGCGCCGUUAUAACGAUGAUGGCAGUCCCCCGCCACUUCCACCCAGAGAUCCCAGUCUUUUCCACAAGCUGUUGAAGUCCCGAGGGCCCGCUGUGGCGGAUGUAGAUGAGGAAGAUGAAUUUCCCACACACGAGUUUCUACCUGAGAUGGACCACCCUCCCGUUUUCGACGAAGCGGCCCUCAACUUGGUGGAGAGGGAUACGUAUGAACGUGAUUUGCUGACCAACACCGUGAAACAUACGCGCUCUCUCGAGUUUGUUGCAGAGGGAGGAAAAAUCAACAGAGAUUCCAAGGUGCUUGUUGGUGGAAAAAGGCGGGAAAGUUGUGGCGAUAACUCAGCUGUGAACGGAGCAGGCACAAACCACCAAGCGUCUGCAUCAAGCCCAAACUCACUCAAGCCUCCGCCCCAAUCUCUUAGUCAACCACAAGCUGCGAAUGGCCGUCCAGGUGACUACCACGAUAUAAUUCUUCCGUCGCAAGGUGGCAGAUCUAGACCCACCAGUUUGUAUCAGAACGGUACCGGCGGAGGUGGAAACUACGCGCAGACAGGGAGCUAUGCUGCGAAAAAGCCACCAGAGUCACCCGGGCCCGACAAAUCGCCAAGGUCUCCCACCAAGUCGCCCAAAUUCUUCCGAAGGGAUCACGAAGACAGCAAAAACCAGGAAGCCAACUUCAAGAAAAGGAUGUCGGUGUGGCUGGAAACGUGCAAGAAGAACUUAGACCCCAGGAAACGACACUCCGCGAGUGACCUGAAGUUGGCAAACCGCCCGCUGCCAGACCUACCUCCGGUAGAAGCCAUGAAACCCCCGCCAAAUCCCACUGUUUUGCCAGGCUUGAGGGAAAACCCACCUGAGGUGGACCCCUUACCCGAGAAUAGUGUCUUCCUCAGGAACAAGCCAAAGUAUGGGAAAGCAGCAAGUACAACAGGUGAGAAGGAAGACUUGCCUCCUGUUGAAGGAAGUCCACGGGAAUUUGCCAAAAGUUUGAAGGAACUAGAAAAGUGUGGCUGGUACUGGGGCCCUAUGAACUGGGACGACGCAGAAACAAAACUUGCCGGGAAGCCAGACGGGUCCUUCCUGGUUCGCGACAGUUCGGACGACCGCUACAUUUUGAGCCUGAGUUUCAGGGCGCGCGGUGGAACGCACCAUACCAGGAUAGAACACAGCAAAGGUGUGUUCAGCUUCUGGUCUCAGCCCAAGUCCCACGGCUGUUCGCCAUCCAUCGUUGAGUUUAUAGAGACCGCCAUGCUGCACUCCAACACGGGGAAGUUCCAGUACUACCUGCGAGCGCGAGCCCUGGGCUCCCCUCCGGUUCCCGUCCUCCUGCUCAAACCCAUCUCUCGCUUCGAGAACCUGAAGACCCUACAGCACAUCUGUAGGUUCAUCAUCCGUAAACAGGUCCGUAUUGACCAUAUCGACCUGUUACCGCUACCCAAGGGGUUGAAACAGUACCUGACGGACUGUCAGUACUAUGAUAUCGACGAGGAAACCUUCUUUGAUGAACGGAAGAAGAAAGAAGAAGAAAAAAAUGAGGAUGAUGAUGAAGAUGAUGAAGAUGAUGAUGCAGAGAGAGUUGGACUGUACUAACCAGAGAAUGGGGAAGGGGGGAAUUAUUCCUGACUUGGUACACUCCAUGUUGGGGAGUAGUUCAUGGUAUAACAAUUGUAAAGGUUUGUAAAGUAUAAUUUUGCUUGCUGUACAUGUAGAUGAAAGAAGCUAUCCAUAGUUGAAACUUACUGUAUGAUAAGUAAGAAAAAGGUCCACUUGUUGCAUACUGUUAUGUGUUGAUAUUAUGUUUAUGCUUUUUAUAAAAUGAUGAGUAAUGAAUUCUAUGAAUGCUGAGAAUAGAAAUGUUAGCCUUUUGUUGUUUUUGCUGAGGAAAUUCUACAAACAAAACUAAUAAACAAUUCUUACAGAAACUAAAUUUACAACUUUCAAAAUUAACUAUUACCUGAAUAUACCUGUAUAUGUUAAUAUGAUAUAUAUGUAUAUACAUCUAUCUUUAUGAAUACGUAAGCCAAGCAAUGUACACCCUUUCUAAAAGUAGCAAAAGUAUUUGUUGUCAAUCUAUUAUGUAAUACUUUUGCCAGAAUAUGCUUGAUCACUAUUGGUUUGUAUGAUUUGGUGACUGGUGUAUUUUUUGCUGUUUUGCAUGUAACAACAUAAUUAGAAUGUUGAAGUUAUUCUAGAUUGUAUUAAGUCUUAUAUAAUAUGUUUACAUUAAAAUGUCUUGACUGUAAUAUGUAUUUUGGGUAAAACCCUAUCAAAUUAAGACUACGUAGGAAAAUAGCAUUAUUUUAUUACAAGAGGCGUAAAUGAUACAAGCCUAUUAUUGCAUAACUGCUAAGAUGUUCUUUGACUCAAGGUGCUAGCUUCUUAAAUUUAAAUUCAAAUUCAAAGUAACGAAUCUGUUACUAAAAGUGCCUGAAAACUGUUCAUUGCAUACUGCAUACAUUCUGGAAUAUUCCCAGGGGUUACAAAAAUGUCCAUGUUAUAUGUGGUGACCUCUCCACCGCAAAAUUACACAACAAGUCUUUCGGUGUUACAUAGCCAGCUGCCGCUGCGCCGCAUGCCUGCAAAGCUGGUGUGUUAUGCUGAGGGGUGGUUAUACCUGCUUUACAGAAUGAUACAGAUACAGAUACACAGCGAACAGAACCGAUUUUCUGCCAGCAAUACAAUUUAAACACCGCGAAUAUAUGCCUUUUGCAACGCUAACUAUAUGAAAUAAAAUUAAGAUUUAAGUUAAUCAUUGGAAAAAAAUAAAAUCUUCCCCAUAUAGGGUAUAGGACAAGGAAGAAUGGUCCAAAUCAAAUGUAUGAUGAAUUAAUCAUUGAAAUUUCAUGUAGGACAAAGCAGAAUCAAGUACCAUUUAUAUUAUUGUAAUUUUACACGUUUGCAAAAUAUGAUAGCAUUUUAAAGUUUAUGAUAAUUAUGCUUAACAUGGGAGCUGCUUAGUGAUUCUAAAAUAGCAUUUCAUGAAGGCUUUUAUUUUUGUGUAACAUUCUAGAAUUCUGUGUUUGAUUGGUCCACUUUUUUAUUUGGAAAAUGUUUCCAUUGAUUUUCCUAUACAAUGUAGUGUGCAAUUUCAAAGCCAUUCAUUGGUCUACCAAUGGUUCAAAACAUCGGCAACCCUACAAUUUUUUUUUCUUUCAUGUUCAAAUUUUUAAAAAAUUUAUACCAGGUAUAAAACAUGCCUUCCCAAGUUUAUGUUUUUUUUUGUAAACUUUAAAAAUAUUUGGUGUAUAUAUGUUAAAACAUUUAAUUAUAUACAUUAAUUUAUAACUCAACUUAUGAUAAGUUUAAAAAUCAUUCCAAAAUAUUUACAGAUCAAAAUAAAUAUAGAAGUUGUCACCACUUUUCAAGUAGUUUACUGAAUAGUUUAUUGAAUUUUAUAUUUUCUAUGAAAUUGUUGAGGUAUAACUUUUAACCUUUGUUUCAGUGUGUAUCACAUAGAGAUUGAUUUAGUUGCUUUUUUUUCAUUAUGACAUAUUUCUGUGAAAGCUUAAAUGUAUUUAUAAAAAGAAAGUAGUUUUUGUGGUGGCCAAAAUUAAUUAGUGAUGUUGACAGAAUGGGUCUUUACUGGUAAAGAAGGGAUACGUAAUAAAGCAAUUAUGAUUGUUCCAAG